AUGUCGCAAGUGGUGCUGGCUGACGAAAUUAACCGGGCCACGCCCAAGACCCAGGCAGCCCUUCUUGAAGCCAUGGAAGAGCUGCAGGUUACCGUGGACGGCGUGUCCCACAUCCUGACGCCGCCCUUCAUGGUGGUGGCCACCCAGAAUCCUAUUGAAUAUGAAGGCACGUUCCCCCUGCCGGAAGCUGAGUUGGACCGCUUCCUGAUGCGGCUCAGCCUGGGCUACCCGGAUUUUACCGAGGAAAUGGCCCUGAUCGACGCGACAGGGAAUUGCCCACCCGAGUGA